AUGCCCAAAAGUGCUUUUCAUUUCAAGCUUCAACUUUUCCUCACUUUCAUACUUCCCCAAUUGUGCUUCUCAACCAUCCAGUCCAGCUCCAUCAAUGUGUGGCCAAAACCAAGAACAUUUUCCUGGCCAAAUCCUCAAGCCAAUCCUCUGUCUACAAGCUUCCAAAUUACAUCUCCGAGCCAUUUCUAUCUCUCCAAGGCCAUUUCUUAUUACUUGAACUUGAUCAACACUGAGCACCAUGUCCCCCUUGUGCGCCCCCGUGUCAACUUUUCCUCCUCCUCUCCUCCUCUCCAGGCUCUGCAUAUCACUGUAUAUGACCUUGUUACACCACUGCAACAUGGUGUUAAUGAGACCUACACACUUACCGUUCCUUGUGGUGGGGGCGACGCCACGCUGGUGGCACAAACGACGUGGGGAGCCAUCUGGGGACUCGAGACAUUCUCACAGCUGGUGUGGGGCAGCCCUUCGCGUGUGGCAGUGGGAGUUUACGUGCUGGACAUGCCACUGUUUCCACACAGAGGGCUUAUGCUUGACACCUCAAGAAACUACUAUGGAGUUGAGGACAUCAAGAGGACUAUCAGGGCAAUGGGUGCAAAUAAAAUGAAUGUGUUUCAUUGGCAUAUCACUGACGCACAUUCAUUCCCUUUGGUGAUUCCAUCUGAGCCUGAACUUUCUGCCAAGGGCUCCUAUGGUUCUGGAAUGGUGUACACUCCUGAUGAUGUGAAGGAGAUUGUUGAAUUUGGUUUGUCUCAUGGUGUUAGGGUUGUCCCGGAGAUCGACUCCCCAGGCCACACAGGAUCAUGGGCAGAGGCUUAUCCGGAAAUUGUAACAUGUGCAAACAUGUUUUGGUGGCCAGCAGGAAGUGAUUGGCUUGCAGCAGAACCUGGAACUGGUCAUCUAAACCCGUUGAAUCCGAAGACUUACCAAGUUCUAAAAAAUGUAAUUGCUGAUGUAGUCAAGCUAUUCCCAGAACAAUUUUACCACGGCGGAGCCGAUGAGAUCAUUCCUGGUUGUUGGAAAGCUGAUCCGACCAUCCAAUCCUUCCUUUCAAACGGUGGAACACUUAGUCAAGCCCUUGAAAUAUUCGUCAGCUCGACCUUCCCUUUCAUUGUGUCCCUCAACCGCACUGUGGUCUAUUGGGAAGAUGUUUUCUUGGAUGACCUAAUCAAGGUGAGCUCCUCAUAUAUUCCACCUGAGCAUACAAUCUUACAAACAUGGAACAAUGGCCCAAACAACACGAAAAAACUUGUUGAAGCUGGCUACAGAGUCAUUGUUUCAUCCUCAGAUUUCUAUUAUCUGGAUUGUGGCCACGGCGACUUUUCUGGGAAUAAUAGCGAGUAUAAUCAGCCUCCUGGUACCGACCAAGGCAAGGGGGGAUCAUGGUGUGGACCCUUUAAAACUUGGCAACUGACAUACAAUUACGAUAUAACAUACGGGUUGAGCGAGGAGGAGGCAAAGCUGGUGCUGGGAGGAGAAGUGGCAUUGUGGUCAGAGCAGGCCGAUCCAACAGUGCUGGAUCCAAGGCUUUGGCCAAGGUCUUCUGCAAUGGCUGAAGCAUUGUGGUCAGGGAACAAGGAUGAGAAAGGCGUGAAGAGAUUUGCAGAGGCGACAGAUCGAUUGAAUGAGUGGCGGUACAGAAUGGUAAGAAGAGGGAUUGCAGCUGAGCCAAUUCAACCUCUAUGGUGUGUAAGAAAUCCUGGAAUGUGCAACACAGUUGAUCCAAUAUAGUCCACAACUUCAUAUAUAUAUAUGCACGCUUGUUGUUUGAGCUCUUUCUUUUUAUAGAUUAUUUACACAAGUUUGUUGAUUACC